AUGGCUUCUGCACAAUUUCAGAUUUUAUCUAUUCUCUGUCGAAUAUCACGUCAAGCUGUAAUCGAUGCUCUUAAAGAAUUUGCUGCAACGACAAUGUUAUCACCAAGUGCAUUAUCACGCGAUGUAGUCAACAUAUAUGUAGGCACGUCUAUAGAACAAUUCCAGAAAACAACACUUGACAGUUACCGUUCACACAUUCAUUUUAUAUUAUCUAUUCUUGCAGAACAACGUUUUAUAUCUGCAUUAAGAACAAAUUUCUAUACGAGAAGUGUUCUUGGUAGCAAUAAUUUUGUAACUUUUCCUGCCAUUUAUCCUCAACAAAUCGAUCCAACUCAAUCGUCAUCGAUACAAAAUGAAACAUGUCAAUGUGAUCGUACAAAUAAUUGUAUUUAUCCUGCUGGCAUUUAUAACCAAUCGCGAUCUAUCAUUCCGAAUGAAGUCUUUUCACUUGAUGCAUCACCUCUAUUCAUGAUACCAGGAUUUCAAGUUGGAUGUGUACCACAAAAUGCAUUGUUUCAAUCAACAUUGGAAUGCUUUUACAAUCAAACAUGUUUAGAUAUUGUGAUUUCGUUGACUGGUGCUCUUCGCACUAUCUCACCUCUAAAUAUAUCAAACUCUAAUUCACGAUUUAGUCCAACAACAACAAUUGCUAUUCUUUUUGAUAAUCUAAUGAUUGAGUCUUGGGAGAACUCUAUUGAUUUUGCUACUUAUUUUCAAACUUGUGCACCUAAAAUCUGUUCAUAUUCAUAUGUACAACGGUUGUUUCUCAUUUACAUGAUUACAACCAUAGUUAGUGUCUUUGGUGGAAUUCGCGUGACAUUACAUAUAGCAUCUCCAUUGUUCGUCAAAUUCAUUUUAUAUUUAUAUCGCCGAUGGGUUUCAAUGCAAGAAACAGAAGAAAGAUAUGAACCAAAAAGAAAUUUACAAGAUCGUAUAUGGAAUUUUCUUAAACGAAUUCGUCACAAAACUAUCACAUUGAAUUUGUUCAAGAAAACUUUAACCAAUGUUCAACAUGUUAGUUCACAACAAAUCAUUGUCAGAAAUCCAAGUAUCGAUCAAUUUCAACAUCUUCAUGACAUGUAUUCAUCAAUUCUAUCAUGUCCAUGUCGUAAUUCAUCAAUACCACGCUCGAAAUUCAUAUCCAUUGAAGUAGAAAUUCAUCCAUUUUGUACAAGUAAUUUUGUUCGUGAUGAUCGUUGGUUACAAUAUUGGACAAUGAAAUUUCUCAAUGGUAGCAUCGAUCCUACUCCAUCAUUUUAUUCCAAUGAUUUUCAUUUACUCUAUAUAUGUAUCUAA